GUUGCCUGGAAUAAAAUAUCUGCUAAUACGAUCAAAAAUUGCUGGUUUCACAUGAAAAUUAUAUCUCCACAUGAUGAGGAUGGUGUACUAGCUGUCCCACCUCCUUCACCCCCUCUCAUCGAAGAUAUGGAAGAAAGCUUAUUUGUCAAUCCAGAUGAUGAAUUAGCCACCAUAGAGCUCCAGCAAACGAUAGAUACAUUGUGCAUUC